AUGUUUGUGCUCCAGAUCAAAUUCAAAACGCUCCCCACUGUGAUACUAGUACUCUUCUUACUGUUUACGUUGCGCAAUCAUCUACCGCUUGCAACUCGCUUCCAAGUGGCUAACAACAGUUGGGUGACACCAAACAUAUACCAAAAAGGUGAUAAAGUAGAAAUUAUCGUUAAUAAAGUUGAAAGUGAUCUAACUCAACUUCCCUAUGCGUAUUACGAUUUACCAUUUACUUGUCCUCCUUCAAACUUUAAAAAACCUUUACAUCUUUCUUUAAAUGAGAUAAUACGUGGUGAUCGUAAAUGGCAAAGUGAUUAUGAACUUAAGUUUGGCGAGGAUAUGCCAUGUAAAAUCCUAUGUGCCCGUAAAACUAACAAAGAAGGAAUGAAAACAGCAAUCGAUUUGAUUAAAAAAGGAUACGUUGCUCAAUGGUUGAUCGAUGAAGAAUUACCAGCUGCAACAACCUUCAUUUCCACAAAGGAUCAAAAGAAAUAUUAUGGAUCAGGUUUCCCCUUGGGUUAUUAUGAUGAAGAUACAGGAACUGUAUACCUUCAUAAUCACUUGAUGUUUGUGAUAAGGUUCCAUGCUACCGAUGAUAAUAAUUUUACCAUUGUAGGGUUCGAGGUUUAUCCAAGGUCAGUAUCUGACUAUAGUUGCCCAGGUGCAAGGAAAGAUUAUGAAAAUUAUGAGUUAGUUGUUCCAGAGGCAGACGAUGAAUUACAAUAUUUACCAUUCACUUACUCUGUUUACUGGAGAGAAGAGUUUGAUGUGGAAUGGAAAGAUAGAUUUAAGUUUUUCUUCAAUAAUGGAGAAUUGUCGGAUGAAAUUACUUCAAAAUUCCAUUGGAUCAGUUUAGCUAACUCUAUUGGUAUUGUCAUUCUUGCAUCAUUUAUUGUUGCCUUUAUCUUUAUUAAAGUAUCCUUAAAAGAUAGAACUACACAAGAGAGGGAUACAUAUGAAACGAAUAUAUUGGCCGAUAAUACAGCAAUUCUACCUAUGAUAGCUGAGAAUUGGUUAAAUCCUAAGGGAACAAGAUGGAUACAUAUGUUGAUUGUUAUGAUUUCCAUGGGCGUUCAAUGUAUUUUUACAAUCAUUGGUGCUUUAGCGAUUUCAUGCUCCCUUAACAAGUUACAUGAUGUCAGAAAUUCAGUUUUAUCUAUGACUUUUGUUUUUUUUAUACUAGGUGCAGCCAUGGCAUCCUAUGUUGGUUCAUAUCUUUUAAUCCAGAUUAAUAUGAGAAGUAAAUCUACAGUUUUGAAUGAUAUACAAAUUCGUGGUGUAAUCUCAUUUUCUAUUUUAUGUGGUUGUCUAUUACCAGGUUUAGUGAUGACUAGUACAUUGAUUUUAAACAGUAUUGUUUGGGCUCAUGACUCUACCAAUGCUUUACCAUUCGGUACAAUCGUUUUGAUUGUAUUUAUGUACUUCCUGGUCUGUAUUCCAUUAAGUUACAUUGGAGGUCAGCUAGCUGUCAAAUCUCUCGAGAAUAAAAGAGUAAAGAUGAGUUCACAUACUAACGACCGUGCCUAUAUCGAAAAGUCUGGUGGUUCUUUGACAAGAUUUAGAAGUAAAAAGAAAAAACUAUUAAUCGAUUCGUUUACUAUUCUCUUGAUUUUAAUUAGCGGUAUUUUCCCAUUCAUUAUUAUCUAUGUUGAACUGCAGUUCGUUUAUAAGUCAGUUUGGUUAGAGAAAACCACCUUUUACUAUUAUUAUGGAUUCCUUUUAGCUAACAUUUUAUUGUUAUGUAUUGUUAUUUGUGAGAUUUCUAUCAUUGUCUGUUACGUUAUGAUGACAAUAACAUCGAAGAAAGAGGCGGAUGAAGUUGAUUGGCGAUGGAAAGUUUAUCAGGCUGGUAGUAGUCCAGCAUGGUAUAUGGAAUUGUACUCUUUAUACUAUAUUUUCUGGGUUUUAAAUAUCCGUGGAUUUUCCUCGAUUCUAUUAUCCGUAUGUUAUAGUACAAUUUUCAACGUAAUAUGUGGCUUUGGUAUGGGUUCCCUUGGCUAUUUGAGUAGUUAUUUUUUCAUAAGGUAUGUCUCACAUAGUAGAACCAAAACUCAUUAA